AUGCAACGAUUGCGAUCGGCGAAUCCUAGGGGAGUGAACUUUGUCGUGACGGUACUGGUCUCAUUUCAUCCGGCUGGGUUCAUCACAAAGAAUGAUAGGGCUUUCCAUGUGAAGUGCUUUUACAUGGAACCCGAUUCGAUUGUCAGCCAGUCUAUUGACGUCAGCAGCUUGCCAACAACUGAGUUGCAAGAUUCGAUGACAAUGCCAAAAUGCGAGUAUUCAGUUCGACGUGACUCACCAAACGGACCUACACUCACAUACGCUAAUGUCGGAGAAACGGUUUAUCACGUAUGGGAAUGCAACCCACCGGAUAUGGGCAUGCUUGUGAAGAAGUGCUUUGUUACUGAUGGAGAUGGUGAAGAUCAUGCAGUAAUUGACUACGAUGGAUGUUCAACUGAUAGUUUCCUGAUCAGCGAACUGAUCUACGACCAGAACUUGAUGAGGGCACAUGCGACAAGUCAGGUAUUCAAAUACGCCGACUCAAAUCAACUCUAUUUCACCUGCCAAAUACGAUUAUGUCAAAGACAAAUGGGCAUGUGUCAAGAUGUUACGCCCCCAAUCUGUGGAAUAAAUCGUCCGAAUCGAACACGUCGUGCGACGUCACGAUGGCAUGAUCCGGAGAUUGACGUCGCAACCCACGAGAUGCUUGUACUUGAUGCCGAGGAGCGGCACUUAAUCUCCUCAAACCCAGUCUGUGUGCCGAAAAUGACGCUUCCGCUGAUACCACUUGUUCUUCUCACUGUCUCAGCAGGUUCGUUGUCCGAGGUUUUGGAAAAUAAAAAUAAAAUGAGACUUCUUAGGAGAAACUCAGAAUCACGAACGAAGCAGUUUAGAUUUCGUUGUUUCGGUCUCUGUCACGAUGGUGAUAAUGGGUCGAAAAAACGAGAAAGUUGCUAUGAUAUGGACCGUGAAUGA